AACCUACAUUAAAAGGCCGAAUACAGAGGUUUGCAGUCUGACUCUGUUAUCAUUUUGCAAAAUGCAAGACGUCCAGCCACCACCCCUCCGCACCCUGGAUGAUUUUCUGCUGGGUUCGGCCCGCUUUGCCAUUCCCGAUUUCCGUAACUUGGAACGAUGGAACAAUCGAAUAGUCAACAACUUAUUGUACUAUCAGACUAAUUAUUUUGUUUCAGCGUUGAGCUUUCUGGUCAUUCCUGGCUUUUUCUGGCUCUUCCAAUUGGUCCUGGAGACGACGGUGGUGGUGGUUUUGUUUGUGGGCUUCGUCUGGGCUGCUGAGAACCAUGCUCUCCUUCGCCGUUUCCGUAGAAACCACCCUUCGUUUUGCCUUCUAGCCAUACUUUUGGCCAGUUACAUCAUUUUGUCACUGCUGGGGAGUGUGUCUAUAUUCCUGUUUGGGAUAGUCUUCCCUAUACUCUUGGUGGUGGUCCAUGCUUCGCUGCGACUGCGGAACCUAAAGAACAAGGUGGAGAACAAGCUGGAGAGCAUUGGCCUGAAGAGGUCCCCCAUGGGCCUGAUGCUGGAGGCCCUGGGACAGGAGCAGGAGGCAGGCUCAUAGGACAUGGGACCUGGAGGAAGGUCCCUGGCCGGACAAGGAAGAUGAGCAUUUGGGGAUGGGGGGUGGAGGGGAAUUCCGAGAACAAAGAUAAAUAGGAAAAGUCCUAGCGGCCGAUGAAGCAAGUGAAGAUUGUCUGUAUUGUAUCACUAUUGAAAUUGUCCCUUUUAUAACAGUAUUUAGAAAUUGUUCCCGCAUCAGAAAUAGUUUCAAAUGGCAGUAUUCCAAGUUGUACCACAUGAUGUCCUAUCUUUUUUUGAAGGGACCAAGAGUUGAAAUGCAAAGAGAUCUGUUUGCAAAUUGGCGAAGAUAUGAACGGAUCCUUCUCUCCCGGUGGAUGUCAGAGGAUUUGUGGACAGCAUGGAAAUGUCAUACCUUUUACAUUCCCCAUUCAAGUUAAAGUUGCCCCUGCUAUGUUUA